UUUGUAAUAUGCAUCACUCUUCUGAACUGUUUUGUAGUUAACGUGUCUGUAAAACGAGAAGACUUUUCUUAUGAAUUUUGGAGCAAUUUGUUCAGAUGGCUGAAUCUACCCCAAAAUAUUCGUCAGUUCAUCAAACAGAACGUAGUGCAAACGCUAGGAACGGAGCCAUUCCGACCAUCGAUCGCAGCCCAGUGUGUUGCUGCAAUCGCGUGUGCUGAAAUACCAUCUCAGCAAUGGCCAGAAGUGAUUUCUUUGUUGAAACACAACGUAACGACGGCGUCGAGUAAUGAAAUGCUUAAAGAGUCGUGUUUAGAGGCGUUGGGUUAUAUAUGUCAAGAUAUAAACGCAUCAACACUAGAAGGAAAGGCAAAUGAGAUAUUGACGGCAAUCGUGCACGGCAUCAGGAAGGAAGAACCGAAUCAUGUGCGUUUGGCUGCUGCCAAUGCGAUGUUGAACUCGUUAGAAUUCACGAAAAAGAACUUCAUUAAUGAGGAUGAACGAAACGUGAUAAUGCAAAUGGUUUGUGAGGCAACACAGUGCCAAGAGACACCAGUGAAGGUUGUUGCGAUGCAGUGUCUUGUCAGAAUUAUGUCACUUUAUUACAUCUACAUGGAGCAGUACAUGUACGCUCUCUUUCCGAUAACAGUGAAUGCGAUGAAGAUGCAAAUCGAUGAUGUUGCACUGCAAGGCAUCGAGUUUUGGUCGAAUGUUUGCGAGGAAGAGAUCGCGUUGUCCGUGGAGGCCGAGGAGGCACAGGAACGUGGAACGACACCUGAACACGUCUCGAGACAUUAUGCCAAAGCAUUACCGCACCUGAUCUCGAUCCUCACCGAGACGUUAGCGAAACAAGAAGAAACAGAUGACGAUGACGAUUGGAAUCCAGCAAAGGCGUCGGGGGUUUGUAUAAUGCUGUUGGCGCAGUGCACUGGGGAUUCGAUUGUGGCCCAUAUUCUGCCUUUCAUUCAACAGCACUUCAAAAACACUAAUUGGAGAUAUCGUGAAGCAGCGAUAAUGGCAUUUGGUUCGAUACUGGAUGGUCCGAAUCAGAAAAUAUUAACCGAACUGGUCGAGCAGGCCAUUGGAAGUCUUAUUGAGGCAUUGGGUGAUAGUCAGUUACAAGUUCGAGACACGGCCGCCUGGUGUAUCGGUCGAGUGUGUGAUUCGUGUGAAGAGGUAGUGAUACGUCGCGAGAUAUUGACGCCGAUGUUACCAGCCCUUUCGAAUGCACUGCAGCAAGAGCCACGGGUUGCAUCCAACGUUUGCUGGGCGAUCUCAAGUUUGGCGAAGGCAGCGUACGAUAUGGCGUGUCAACUGGGUACAGAUUAUAGUGGACAGCCGGAGACGUACAUUCUGUCGUCGUGUUUCGAGGCGAUGAUUAGUGAGUUGAUCAAAGCGACGGAUCGG